AUGAAGGUCUCACUGAUUCGAUUGUGUGAAGGUCAAUGUUCAGUGCUUAGGCAGUUUUCUGUUAUUCCUGGGGAGCGGUCUCAACUUUUGACCAGAUACUGUUUUGAAAUGAGCAUACUUCGCGUCCGAUACGUUGAUGACCACUUCCUAUUUCUUUGUAUCGAGGGGGGCGAAACAACCCUCAACGCGUAUUCAUUUAGCCACUACUGGUCUUCGAAUAACGAUUUACUGCCAUUGUCAUCUAAUGCGGUGCUCGUGGACACUUUCGUGUCCGCCAAAUCCAUAGAAGUAGAACAGAAUGGGAAUGACACCUUACUGGUCAAGUGGAAUGAGACUGAGACUAGAAAAUUCAGUGUAGACCUAUCUAGAACCCAAGCCAACCUUAUUUUUCGGAGACUUUUUGCUGGAAUUUCGGCAGAUGCCGAUGAAAUCAAGAAGCUCUCAUCAGCCAACCAAGAGCUAAAAUCACUUGCCGACUCGGCUGUUAAGAAGUACUCCGACUUAGCCGUCGCGAGUGCUGAGAGAGAACAACUCCUCCUCUCAAGGUUCGCUGCCUUACUGGAACGGAGCAAAACUCAAAAGGGCUACGACAGAGUCGACAAUGCGACGAUUGAUUUCGCACCUUGGGAGGAUGAGGCUGCUGACUUGCCGAACCCCAAAAGCCUCGUAGGAGAGCGACUCAUGGAAACGUUAGCACAGAGGAUCCCACCCAAGAGGACUUGCAAACGGUACGUCGCACCGCCGAAACUCAAUUAUGCUAAAAUUUAG